AUGCGAUGCGCCACGCCUCUUUCUUUUGCAAUUACGGACGGCCGUCUUGAAACGCAUACAGGUUUGAACGAGUCGGACAAAGCUGAAAAGGGCAAAGCAGGGAUAAAGUCAAUGCGGGUAAAGAAUUCGACGCUGAUCGGAUUGUUCUGCGCCGCUUAUGACGACAAAUAUACGCUUUCGGCUGAAUUCUGCAAGGAGUCGCGAUCUGGUCAGGGAAAAAUCACAAAAUCGAUUGGAGCGUACAUCAACGAAAAUGGAGAGGUCCUCAUUCCCAUUGCUGAAGAAAGAGGUUGA